CUGCUCCCCCUUUGUUUUUCUUUCUCCUCGCGCUCUGUCUCCACCACUCGCUGGACCGGAGGACAGCUAUGGGGCUGUGGACCGGAGGACAGCUAUGGGGCUGUGGAGCUCAGUGCAGGGAGGCGCGUGGCUGCCAUGCUUUCUCCGGUCAGACCUCUGGAACACUCUGUACUGAGAAGAGAAUACUGGUGUGCACUUGCUCAGACACACGAAGCCCUGCACAUAAGCAGAAAGAAGAUAUGUGAAUACAUCAAGAAUUGGAGGCCGCGCUACUUUCUGCUGAAGACCGACGGCUCCUUCAUCGGGUACAAGGAGAAGCCCCAGGACGCUGACCUCCCCUACCCUCUCAACAACUUCUCAGUGGCGAAAUGCCAGCUGAUGAAAACCGAACGGCCAAAGCCCAACACGUUCAUCAUCAGAUGUCUCCAGUGGACUACAGUCAUUGAGAGGACCUUCCAUGUGGACACUCCAGAGGAAAGGGACGAGUGGACAGAAGCAAUCCAGACGGUGGCAGAUAAACUCCAGAGGCAGGAAGAGGAGCGUCUCCAGUGCAGCCCCACCUCCCAGAUAGACAACAUCGGCGAGGAGGAGAUGGACGUCUCCAUCAGCCACCACAAACGCAAGACCAUGAAUGACUUUGACUAUUUAAAACUUCUGGGAAAAGGCACUUUUGGCAAAGUCAUUCUCGUAAGAGAGAAGGCCAGUGGGAAAUAUUACGCAAUGAAGAUUUUAAAGAAAGAGGUUAUUAUAGCAAAGGAUGAAGUGGCUCACACGCUCACUGAGAGCCGUGUGCUGAAGAACACCAGACACCCAUUCCUGACCUCUUUGAAGUACUCGUUCCAAACGAAAGAUCGACUCUGCUUUGUGAUGGAGUAUGUCAACGGAGGAGAGCUGUUUUUCCAUUUGUCGAGAGAACGGGUGUUCUCAGAGGACCGCACGCGUUUCUACGGCGCCGAGAUCGUCUCCGCCCUCGACUACCUGCACUCCGCCAAGAUUGUGUACCGGGAUCUCAAGCUGGAGAAUCUUAUGCUUGAUAAGGACGGCCACAUUAAGAUCACAGACUUUGGUCUGUGUAAAGAGGGAAUCACUGAUGCUGCUACUAUGAAGACCUUCUGUGGUACGCCAGAGUACCUGGCGCCUGAGGUGCUGGAGGAUAACGACUACGGCAGGGCGGUGGACUGGUGGGGUCUGGGAGUGGUGAUGUACGAGAUGAUGUGCGGUCGCCUGCCCUUCUACAAUCAGGACCACGAGAAGCUGUUCGAGCUCAUCCUCAUGGAAGACAUCAAGUUCCCCCGCACUCUCUCGGCUGACGCCAAGUCUCUUCUGUCAGGUCUGCUCAUCAAAGACCCCAACAAGAGACUUGGUGGCGGUCCAGAUGAUGCGAAAGAAAUAAUGCGACACAGUUUCUUCGCUGCGGUCGACUGGCAGGAUGUGUAUGAUAAAAAGCUGAUACCUCCCUUCAAGCCUCAGGUGUCGUCGGAGACAGAUACCCGAUACUUCGACGAGGAGUUUACGGCACAGACGAUUACAAUAACUCCUCCUGAAAAGUGCGAUGAAGAUGGGAUGGACUGCAUGGAUAACGAGCGACGGCCUCACUUCCCACAGUUCUCCUACUCGGCCAGCGGGAGGGAGUGACGCCCCAACGUGACCCGCCACUGCCUCAUCCUCCUCACCGCACUUCCCCCCAAAAUGGACCAGGCCUCACAGCUUCCGCCCUGUCGGGCUCAGCCCAAACCGACCGCUCCCCCUUCUGCACCAGGACCCUUUCAUCCGCGCUCGAGCCAUGCCGAGGGCGCCAGCACACGCUCGGGUUCGAGGGCGACAGGAAUUUUGCACGUUUGGCCGGACCUUGGGCCUCCAGCGUCCCAGGUAGCUUCAGCCCUCUGGGUUCGGGGCUGCUGGGAGAAAGAACUGUGUUUGUUUACUUUGCGUUUUCUUUUUGCGCGCGUGUGUGUAAGUGUGUGUGUGUGUGUGCGCGUGUGUGUGCGUGUGCGCGUGUGCGUGCAGGGUUUUUUUUGUUUUUGUUUGGGCUUUUCUUUUGAGAUGUUUUAAUGCUCCUUCAGUGGGAGGAAGUGCAUUAAAAGUGCACUGCACGUUUCCAUUUCAGAUCUGAGGGUCCCUGCGUGGCUUGAGAUUCACACAAGCGUUAGCAUUUAACUUCCUGUGUCUAGCUCACAUCUGACCUAAAACACAACAGAAUGACCCUGCUCGACUGCUGCGUCAAGUCCAAAACUGCCAUAAACCUUCUACUCAGGCUACACGGGUCGUGCGUGUGUUCCAGACCGUACAUAAUAACUUCACUGCAGCUCCUUGCUCACCCAGGCACAGCUGCUUAUGCCACUAGCACUGCAACCCAAGCAGCGCUCCGGUACUCCAGCACUCGCUCUCUGUCCCACACGGACACUACGGCAGUCGUCCGAGUCAGGGGCUUUUGUUAUGUAUUCCUCGGUGUGAGUUAGCAUUCCUGUCUCACUGUGGCACUGCAGUUUUGUUUUUUUUUCCUUUUGCGAAAAAAAGGUGCAGGGGGGUAAGGGGUGGGAGGCAUUCUUCAUCUUCUUAGCUUACUAGUCCUGUGAAUCUGAGCCAUGCAGUAUUUGUACCUCUUGAUACACAGAGAGGAUACUUCCUGCUUUAGGUACACUUAUAUAUUCAGGUUGGAAAAGUCCUGAGUUGAAAGGGUGCGAUGAAUCAUAUUGUCUUCAUUGCUCUCUUCCAUUUGCCUGGGUGUAGAAGGCUUUUAAUUUCACAGGUCAUUCCCUAAGAUGUAUUUUGAGUCAUUCCAUUUCAUGAUUAAAUUAUAAUAAUUGCUGGUAAAUCACCUUGGGUGAUUUGACAGUGAUGCUUAGCACUGAUGUUAGGAACAUGGAUCAGGAGCCUGUUCCGUAUUUUCUGUUUCAGCCAGUAUGAACUAGCAGCCAGAAAUAUUCUGGGAUCAGUGCACAGGAGCAUGUUUCUCUGACUAGUCAAUAAUGCAAUCUCCUGGGCUAGGUAAUAGCAGCAUUAGCUGACGGAGUGCAUAUGCACUGUCCACGAUAGGGAAUAUGGUUAAAUAAAAUUGUUCUAUUUAUUCUUUGUUGUUUGUUUGUCCUUGUUAUAAGACGUGCUGUCCAGGGUUUAUUGUCAGAUUAAAAAUGCACCUACGAAUGGCUUACGAAUGUAAAUUUGGCAUUGCUUAAGGCCUUUGCUUUGUUGUUGAGUUUUUUUAAUAAAGUUGUUUUGUGUCCUUUUUUUUUUUUUUUUUUUUUUUUGCAACAACUUAUAAGGGUCACACCAGUUUUGCCUCUACCGUCCGCAUAAUCCCACCACUGUUUUCCUGCCCCAAAACCUUUCCUGUGCAGUGAGGUGUCUGAGCACUGCUGACACGCCCUCUCCCCACGCAUUCAGGACCACCCGGCACUCCCAGCAACCUCCCCAAAGCCACUGCCAAAUUCUGGCAUUGAGGAAACUGUGGUGCUCUCUCUGCUCUCUUAAUGCAUGAGGAUGGCACAGAGCAGACCCACCCAGACAGCCUCAUCAACGCGCUCCCUCCCCCCAGCGAGCCCCUCCAGCCGGCCCCUGCACACCUUCAUCCGGCCCCUUCUGCUACGUCGGCUCCUGGGCGGCUUGCUCGAAGCGAGUGGGACAGUAUUAAACUUUGGUGGAGGCCUGGAGUCGGAAUCCCAUUAGAGAGGCUCCACACCGCAGCCAGUUUUUGAGGCAUCAUCACUGGCCAGAGGGGAAAGCGCUUGCUGUCUUGUUUGGUAUUUUCAGCCAUGGGCCAGCAGACGUCUCGCUCGCGUACUACUACUGUGUUGAUGUCCUGUGGUCCAGCGAGUCCCUUCACCAACUCAGCGGCAGAUCCGUAAAUCCUACCAACCUGUGUACUGGUGGGUAAAUGCACCACCUAUUGAGAGUUGUGCGUGAGAGGGCUUUUGAUUUUAGUUAGCAACACCUGUUACUGUGGUCCCAUUUGGUCCUGACUUGUGAGGAACUAGAGAAACGAGCGCGCCUGAAUGAUAUCCGAUCGGAAAGUGCAGCAGGGCUCGAUAUCCUCGGUGGCAAGAACUGGGUUACUGGUGAUCGUGCUGGUGAAGCAGAAUCUCAGCAGCAGGAUCCUCUGACAGCGUUGGUUUUGUGUCAUGUGUCAGACUGAUUCCUUUACCACGUGUGGUACAUUCCUUGGUUCUUAAAGGCACCUGGCAAUAAAAACGUGCUGCUUACGUUCUCUCACUUUCAAAGGUGACUCUUGUGAAUGUCCAACUUAACUGUAGUCAGGUUCGCUUCCAAAGACUGCUAACUGAGGGUAUACAUGAUCUUCCAGUGAGUCUUUGGGAUGUCAGAUGUCAGGUACGUUUACAUAAGGAAGAUGUCAUGAGAAGUACACAUUAAGUUUAGCUUCUGACUCUCUUUGUCAAACUAUAAGGAAAUGUAACAUCUCACAUUAGAAUAAAGAACCCAGCAGUGGUUUUAGGGUUAGAGAGGAAGUUGUGGAACGAAUGAGGGGUUUCGUUCAGAUCGUGGUAAUGUAUGAUGACAGUGGUAUUAGAAUGGCAACAUAUUAGGAGAGUAAGAGUAAGUUGGGAUUCUGGGAUUGGUUGGUUUGGUCUGUGGUAGAGUAGGUUGUUGAUGAUUAUUGGGUAUACAGUAUGUGUGUGAACUUCAGCUUGGCUGAAAAGGUAGGAAGAUGAAGCCAUCAACAUUCCUUUGAUGGUUAAAAAAAAGAAUGUUAGAUAAUAAAGGAUGCUUGGACAUGAGCCAGGAAAUUAUUAUUAAUAAUUAUAAUAAUAAAAACACAAAAAGUAACAGCUGCACUGAUUGUGAAGAAAGAGUCACUAGCUUUAUUCCUGCCCCUGUUCCAGUUAGGCUUGAGAAUAAAUUCUUGCUCUUUACAGUGAUUUAAAGGCUGAUUGAGAAGCUGAUCGUACUGUGGUUCCACAAUCACAAUGGCGUCUGUCUUCCAAUUCACACCUUCUUUUCAGACGGAUCUUUUAUUAACUGAAAAAAUAGUUGAUGAAACGACCUAGUGUUGGGUAGACUCAUACUGUUGUUCAUAAUUCUGCAUUUUAUUUCUUUUUAUUUAUCAUUUAGUAAAAAAAAUUAUUUUUAGAAUAUUGGUUUGAUAAUGUCAUAGUGUUUUGCUUGUUAGGUAUGAUGUAAAGCUCAUACAUUAAUAUCAAAUAUGACCAUUUAAGUUAACUUCAUGUGGAUUGUUUGAAUUUUUUGUUUUGUUUUUGCAGCAGUUUUCCACUGUGGAGUUGGAUCUGUUGUGCUAUAAAUGUAUGAGUUGCAUUGACUGUUGGGAUUGAAUCUUACUGUGACACUGUUCCUCCUUAAGAAUAUGCACACGUGUGCUGAGUGAUGGACACUGGAAUGAAUGAAAGACACAGGUGUGACACUGUGUGCUGGGACAUUGCAUGCAAAGGACAUUACUGAGAAUACAGUGCACUUGAUUUAAAGGACAUUACUGAGAAUACAGUGCACUUGAUUUAAACUGCAACAGGGCCUUUGGCACUGCAGGCCAAAAAAAAAACAAAACCCCACACACAAAAAAACCACAUCGUAUACUUUUUUAAAACUCCAUAGCUGCAAAACUUGGCUUUGAAUUAUGUAUAGCAGCACUUUCAUGCCCAUUGGCCUUUUUCUAUAGUUCAGCUAGAAAUGAAAUAAAGGUCCUUGCUUUAAGACAAAAAAAAAAAAAAAAAAAGGAUUUGAAAGCACACAUUUCCUGCCCAUGCUGUUUUCCUUUUGUAACAACAUCAUUUUGCUUUGUGAAGUGCAAUGAUGUGAAUGUGGUCAGAUGCUGCCAGGAGACAGCGGUUUGCUUUGGGUGACACUCGGCGGACUGACUUUUCCCACCCCACUCCUCCUAGGCGCUUUCGAGAGCUUUCUAGUGCUUUCUUGGGAAAGUUGGAUUGGACCAAUGACACCACCUCAAUAGUUACUGUCAAAAAUAUGCAACAUGCCGUUGAAGAUGAACUAACGAAGCCCCACUUAAAUGUGGAAUCGGAGCAUAAAGGUAACUGUAGUCUCAAGGCUGUUGCUAUAGGAAGUGGUCUCCUUCCUCUCCCUUAGGGGAGGGAGAAGGGUGUAAACAAAUGAGGGAGGGACCCGCACAGACCUGGCCAUCUGAGCAGAUGGGUUCCAUCCUUACUUACUGCAGGGUCUAUAAUAAAUAUUUUACACCUCAACAUACACACUUUGCUGCUACUGUUUGUACUGUCUACAACAGAUUUUCUUGUUAUCUUGCUCCUGGUAGUGUAUUAUGAACAAGCAUGAAUUGUAAAGUAUUUAUUUAAAAACAAAAAAGACAAACCCUGGGGGAGGGGGGGGGAAUCAAUAACUUGUAAUUAAUUUUAUGUCCAUGUAGCUUUCGAGUUUGUGACACUUCUUGACCUUGCUAGCUCUGUCAUUAGAUCCAUGUUAAGAACUAGUCAUGUGGUUAAGAAUUUUAUGCAGAAGGGACCCCAAAAAAGAAAGAACAGCUGUAUUACUGGUUGUCAUAUUUAAUGACGAAAAGAGAACGUUUAUUUCCUUGAAUAUAUGGCCCACAGGGAGGUGAAAACGCUGAGCAGCAAGAAACUCUUUUUGUACACUGAACAUCCUUAGUAUUUUUACAUGUACAUGUAUAUGAUAGGGAUGCACAGUAUUUUCCUUCUUACAGACUGCUUAAAUAAAGCACUGUCAGUCUGCUUCUGCA